AUGAUAAUGAUAGUAUAGUAUGCAGCAUAUUUUUACAAUGAAUAUCUUUUAUAAAACACACUUGUAGAAGCUGUUUUAAAAAGUCUUGUUCUAAAUUACGACUCUCUCAAAAAUUCACAAGAAAAAUCUAAAAAAAUUACAUAUAAUAAUAUACAAAAAAUAGCAAAGUAAAAACUACUUUUUAUAAACAUAAUAAAUGAACUUUCGAGAAUUGAAUUAUUUUUAUUGAGUCUUUAUGACAGUAUCUAAAUUAGUAAAAUCUCAUAGUUAAAAUUUCAGAUAGCUAAUGAACCUAAGUCAGAAUCAUUUGAAGGAGUAUUCUCUAUGCUAUCUAAUAAAAGUUUAAAUAUAAUAAAUGAGGAAGAAUUUAAAGAUUUGUUCAAUGCAUUUAUAUUUAACCCAUUAGAAGCAAAGAAAAUCAUGAUUCUAGAAAAUAUUUAAUGA